AGCCUGACCCGCUUAGCUGUGAAAUGAAAGAAUCUUCAUGCUAGCGUUGCGUGAACCUGUCGCAGUUCAUCUUAAAUUAUUUAUUUAAAUAAUUUACAACUGAAAGAAAUACUCAUUGUCGCUUAUCCUCACGAGGGUCGCGGGGAGUGGUGGAGCCUAUCCCAGCUGUCGACAGGCAGGAGGCCGGGUACACCCUGAACUGGUUGCCAGCCAAUCGCAGUAAAAGAAAAAUAUUUGGGUGGAAGUGUGUAAAACUACAACCGCUAAUCCUCACAAAGGCCACAGGAAAGCUGGAGCCUAUCCCGGCUAGCGUCAGGCAAAAGGCGGACUACACCCUGAACUGGUCGCCAGUCAGCCGCAAGGCAGACAUCGACGCCAUCACUGAGCGGGAAUCGAUCCCACCUUACGCACACAAAGCCCCACCAUGUCGUCGGUGCUCCAGAAACUCAUCAGCCCCGUGCCCGGGAGCGCCGCAGAGCCCCCCAGGAACAAAGUGACGGUGGUCGGGGUGGGCCAAGUGGGCAUGGCCUGCGCCAUCAGCAUCCUACUGCGAGAUCUGUGUGACGAGCUGGCUCUGGUGGACGUGAUGGAGGAUCGGCUGAAGGGCGAGGCGAUGGACCUGCAGCACGGGAGCCUUUUCCUCAAGACCUCCAAGAUCGUCGCGGACAAAGACUACGCAGUGACUGCCGACUCUCGCUUGGUGGUGGUGACCGCCGGAGUCCGCCAGCAGGAGGGCGAGAGCCGACUCAACCUGGUGCAGAGGAACGUCAACGUCUUCAAGUCCAUCGUCCCGCAGAUCAUGAAGCACAGCCCGCAGUGCACGCUCAUCGUCGUCUCCAACCCUGUGGACAUACUCACCUACGUGACCUGGAAACUGAGCGGGCUGCCCAAGCACCGCGUCAUCGGCAGCGGCACCAACCUGGACUCGGCCCGCUUUCGCUUCAUGAUGGCCGAACGCCUCGGCAUCCACGCCAGUUCCUUCAACGGCUGGGUGCUGGGCGAGCACGGAGACACCAGCGUCCCUGUGUGGAGUGGCGCAAAUGUCGCCGGCGUCAACUUGCAGAAGUUGAAUCCCGAGAUCGGCACCGACGGCGAUAAGGAACACUGGAAGGCCACGCAUAAGGCCGUGGUGGACAGCGCCUACGAGGUGAUCAAGCUGAAGGGUUACACCAACUGGGCCAUCGGCUUGAGCGUGGCCGACCUGACCGAGAGUAUCGUCAAGAACAUGAGCCGCGUCCACCCGGUUUCCACCAUGGUCAAGGGCAUGUACGGCAUCGGAGAAGAGGUCUUCCUGUCCCUGCCCUGCGUUCUGAACAGCAGCGGCGUGAGCAGCGUGGUCAAUAUGACCCUGAUGGACGGCGAAGUGGCUCAGCUGAGGAAGAGCGCCGACACUCUCUGGGGAACCCAGAAGGACCUCAAGGAUCUUUAAAUCCGUUUAGCUAGACCAGCGGUCGGCAACCUUUGACACCGAAAGAGCCAUUUGAACCCGGUUGCCACGGAAAAGAAAACACUGGGAGCCGCACAUCUAAAAUGAAAAAAAAAAAAACAAAACAAAACUAUAGAAUAAAAAAUAAUACAAAAUAGAAUCUAUUUUCUUGAGAUAUUUUUCUUUUCUUACAUUUCUCCAUUGGCUUUCCCGGGCUUGAAAGUCGCUCAAAAUAGACGGCGUUUCAGCGGGUAUACCCGCUUCCGCAGUGUGACGUCUAUUUUGAGCGACGAAAAAAAUAAUAUCAAAUAAUUUAAUUAAUAUUUUAAUAUUUCAAGAUCACAAUAAUCUUCAAAUUUAGAACUAAAAUAAUAUAAAAACUAACACAAAUAAAACACACUUCAAUUAAAUACAAAAAAAUUUUUUUUUAGUAAUUUAUUUUCCCAAGCCAAUCAGAGCCGCAUUAUAAGGAUGAAAGAGCCGCAUGAGGCUCCGGAGCCGCGGGUUGCCGACUGCUGAGCUAGACCACCGACAUCCAGAGAAGCCCGUCAUCGCGCACAACGCCAUUUUGCUCCAUUCCUCUCGGUCCGACCUUACCGUUCUUUUGAAGCACAAUGUCCGGGUUUUUGGAGAGGCUGGUGCUUUCCUUUAAAAAAAAAAAAAAAAAUCCACACAAGCACAUUUUCACCCGAACUACUAGUAAACACGAGUAUUGUUGUAGAUUGAUGUGCAGUGAAUUCGUGUACGUGAAGCACAACCAAACCGGGUUACAAUUCUGUUCCUCUUCCCCACUUGUCGAAGACGCGGAACUUGAUGUCCAGUUCUGAGCCCGAAACCCCACAAGGAGUUUUCGUCUUUCGGUGUUAUUCGGCAGGAAUGCUUUAGCGCAUUUAGAUGAUUACAAAACACACGGAAAGGCCUUAACCACAUUUUCUUUGAAGCACUCAAGUGUUCUGAAUAAAUGCAUUGAAACAUUAGACAAUGA